CCUUGGCAUCCGUCCAGGGGAAUAGCAAUAAGUUCCAGACCAAUGCGAAACGUGGAUAGACAGAAGGCGGGUUUGUUUUUAGUGAAGCAUGAAAGUCUCUUGGUGGACUCCCCAACAGUAUCCUUUGUAAGCUAGUUCGGCACUCACUUGUUUGGCUCCGAGUAGCGGCUUGCUGCAAUAGUCCAACAAAGUCCCACCUGGAUCAGCACAUAUGUUGCCUACUGCAACUGACUUGAUGGCGGGACGGAUAUACCCAUCGGUCGACAACGUCGGCGGUGACUCGGAGUCUAUUGACAUGGACUUAGAAAACCCGCGACUUCUUCGCCCCAAGGAGCCUGGGCUCCCCCGAUUAUCGACGUCCCAGCUGUUCUCGUUCGCCACCUGGUGGGAGGUUGUGCUGAUGUUCUUGGCAGCCCUGGCCAGCAUGGGAAGCGGGUCGAUCAAUUUGAUUGCCAUAAACGCUAUUGGGAGCACUUUAGCUGGACUUAUGAGCGGCACAGGUCAGGGCCUGUCGGGGAUUGGCGAGAAAGCUUUUCUGUUCGCUGGACUGGCGUUAUACGCCUUUUGUUCCAAGUACAUCAGUCGGGCUCUAUGGACAAUGAUUGCUGAGCGGCAAGUGAAGCGGAUAUCUUCUCUGUUCCUCGAAAGCGUACUUCGCCAAGACAUGGAGUGGUUCGAUCUGUCUGAUGGAGACUCCCUGAGCACGCGACUGUCAAACGAUGUGCCCUUGAUUAGAAUCGGGCUCGGCGAAAGCGCAGAAGCACUUUUCUCCGUCGCUGGCAAUAUCAUAGGCUGCUUGCUUGUGUCCUUCUGGAAUGACGCGAAAUUGACAGGGAUAAUCCUUUCUCUGCUGCCGCUACUCAUCGGCUGCGGGGUUGUCAUAGUGAAGGUGAAUGCUUCUAUGGCUGCGAAGAGCGGCGACGCAUAUGCUAGAGCUUCCUCUGUGCCCGAACAAGCCCUUUCGGGAAUCCGUACCGUGUACGCUUUUACCUUGCAGCGGAGGUUUAUGGAGAAAUAUGAGGACAGUCUUCGGCAGGUCGAACAAGUGGACAUACGAAAGGCGAUGUUCUCUGGGCUGUCCAUGGGUGUCUUCAGCUGCAUCUUGUUCCUCAUAUUUGCACUAUCAUUCUACAUCGGGACACAUAUGGUCUUGGACGGCAGGAUUCCAGGGCCAAAUGCAGUGGUUGUCCUCUUGGCGAUGAUGAUUCUAGCCUCCUCGCUGAUGGAUGUACCGAGAAAGCUCUCGUCCAUUGCCACCGCGCAGGCAGCCGCACGUUUGAUAUACUACAUCAUCUGGAGGAAACCCUCGAUCGAUCGGAGCUUCAGUGAGAACAAUCUGCUGAACGUUACUGGGGACAUCUCGUUCAAAAAUGUGAGGUUCAGUUACCCAAGCCGCCCAGACGUGCCCAUCCUGCGCGGGCUCUCGGUGGAUAUCAAGGCCGGGCAAACCGUAGCGUUUGUGGGUGGAUCUGGGUCAGGAAAAUCCACCACUAUCGCCCUUUUACAGAGACUAUAUGAUCCCACUUCUGGGGUAGUCACACUGGAUGGCAAAGAUGUGAAAGACAUGAAAGUAUCAGCCCUGCGAAAGCACAUUGGUGUCGUUGGACAAGAACCGGUUCUGUUUUCCCUCACUAUUCGGCAAAACAUUCUCUUGGGAAUCCAUGGGGAAGUGUCUCCCAACGUCUUCAUAUCCGCCUGCAAAAUGGCUCAAUGUCAUUCCUUCGUCACGAAGUUCCCCUUGGGUUAUGAUACGCCAGUCAGCCCAGGAAAGCUAUCUGGAGGGCAGAAACAACGGAUAGCCAUUGCCCGAGCGAUUUUGAAGAACCCCAAAAUCCUCCUUCUGGAUGAAGCAACCUCCGCCUUGGACACCACUUCGGAGCGCCUAGUGCAGAAAGCUCUAGACGCCGCUUCCGCAGGUCGCACAACCAUUGUGAUUGCGCAUAGACUCUCGACCAUCCGCAAUGCGCAUGUCAUCUGCGUUAUGAAUUGUGGGAAGUUGGUGGAGAUGGGAACUCACGAACAACUUUAUUCGAUGGGUGGGGAAUACACCGCACUCGUAGACAAGCAAAAGCUGUCUGUGGAAGCUGAAACGGGACAACCAAAAAGGGACUAUGGUGCAGAGAUGGAAAGCCACGGACAACAACCAAUUUUGGAGACCGAGGAAGUUCGUGACAUGUUAAAGCUACCGACCGUCACACUGGAUCCGCCCGAUACAAUUGCGAGACAAAUACGAUUGAAGCUGAAAGCGGAAAGGUUGAUAGGACGGCGGGAAGCAGCGCGCGAGUCGCAACGAUUUUUUCGGAGGGUGCGAAAGCUUCUCGACCCAGAGACUAAGCUUAUCGUUGGCGGCACUAUCGCUGGGGCCUUUAGCGGACUGGUGUUCCCUGGUUUUGCGGUCAUCAUUUCGUUCACGAUCGGAGAGGUAUUGAAAGAGAAAACCGCGGAUACCUGGAUUAGCUACAUGGUGCUGGUCGCCGGUCUUGCGUUUACCACGCAAUGGGCUCAAAGUGCCUUAUAUGGAAAGGCCGUGGCACGCGCAACGUUUAGACUACGCCUAUCUGUUUUCAGAAAUCUUCUGCGUCAGGAGGUUGGAUUCUUCGACGCAAAGGCCAAUGCGCCUGGAUCGUUGUGCAAUCGCCUUGCAGCUGUGGAGAAUGUACCACGCAUGCUUACCGAUAUAUACGGAGACUCGGGGCGCGUGAUGUUCACAGCAAUAUAUGGGAUAGCCCUAUCACUCGCCUUCUCGAUGACCCUGGCCGGCAUCUUGCUCCUACUUGCCCCUUUCAUCAUCGCCGCGGGUUACUGGCAGAGCACAUCUUUGGCAAGAUUUGCAGAAUCAAGCAAAGAGGCGUAUGAACAAUCUACACAGGUUGCGAUGGAAGCUAUCAAAGAAGUCAAGACUUUGAAGAUGCUGGACCGAGAAAAGUUCGCGGUUGAACGCUACGAAGCGUUUCUCGAUAAACCCUUCCGCAUGACAAAGCGAAAUGCAUUCGUGGAUAGCAUUGCCUACGGUCUGCAGGACACGGCAUCCAUGCUCACCAUAGCUCUAGGCUUCUAUGCGGGACAAAAGCUCGCCGACAGAGGCAGCAUUGAACUAUGGCAAAUCAUGUCGGUUGUAUUGGGCAUGAUGACGACGAUGAUAUCGAUUUCCAGCUCGGCCGGCCUGGGCAUGGCAUACGUGAGAGGAAAACUCGCCUCGCAGACGACGUUUGCCAUCCUUGAUCGAGAGACGUCAAUCGAUCCCGACAAAGCCGGAAUCACCCCUGAAGACUUCCGCGCCGAUUUCCAGUUCUCAAAUCUAGUAUUCCAAUACCCGACGUCGCCUGAACCUAUCUUCACGGGCAUGUUCUCCCUCGCCGGUGUUGCGAAUAAAAGUUUAGCCCUCGUGGGUCCGAGCGGUUGUGGAAAAUCCACCGUGAUCGGCCUCCUCCAACGGUGGUAUGACCCGCAAGGAGGUGCAGCUACGCUAGGCGGUACGAAGAUUUCACAAUACCAGCUAUUGAAGGGCCUUCGUCCGCAUAUGGCACUGGUUGGGCAAGAACCGAUACUCUUCGAUCUCACCAUCGGCGAGAAUAUAGCUUGGGGUUCUGAGGCUCCGGUCACAAGGAGCGAGAUCCAAGAAGCGGCGGGGCAAGCCAAUGCUCACAGCUUCAUCAAAGACCUCCCAGAGGGCUACGACACGCGUGUUGGUGAAAGAGCUCAACUGUCCGGCGGACAACGUCAACGCAUAGCUAUUGCGAGAAGCUUGAUUCGUCGGCCCAAGCUGCUACUUUUAGACGAGGCAACGAGCGCUCUGGAUUCCAGAAGUGAACUUGAAGUACAAAAGGCAAUCGAUAGGGCUGCUACGGGUCGGACUACCGUUACAAUCGCGCAUAGGUUGUCUACCAUCAAGAACGUUGACCAGAUUGCAGUGGUCCAGGACGGACGGGUUGCGGAGCUUGGUACCCAUAAUGACUUAGUAGCUCGGAAUGGAAUCUAUGCUCAGAUGUGUCGAGAGCAGAAUCUAUGAAUCUAGCAAAAUAGAGGACAAGCUCCAGACUCACGCUCGGUUUACCCCUAGCGCAUGGUUUGGCCUUGUCCUGGAGGUUUCCGCGAGAUCUGCUGUGUAAUAUUGGUUCACAUGAUCUUCCCAAAAUCAAAUGAAAUGACCUCCCACAUUUGAUGUAUAGUUCCUCUGUGCCAGGAAAGCGUUUGCGCGAGUGCAUGGAAGUCACUGCCCGAUCCUACUGCCUCACCUGCGCAAGAAGUUAUUC